AUGAAAUACCUCAAUUGUGUCCUGAAUGAGACUCAUCGCCUGACCCCCAACAAUGUCACGCAGAUUCGAAUGUGCCUCAAUGAUACGGUCCUGCCUGUGGGCGGUGGCAGGGACGCCAAGGCGCCCUUCUUUGUGCGCAAGGGAGACGUCGUCUCGAUUAGCAAGACGGUCAUGUACCGCGACCCGGAGAUCUGGGGCAAGGAUGCCGAGGAGUUCCGGCCGGAACGGUUCGAGGGGCGACGUGUGUUUUGGGAAUUCCUGCCGUUUGGCGGAGGGCCCCGACGGUGCCCGGCCCAGAUGAUGGUGCAGACUGAAGCAGCAUACAUGCUGGCUCGUCUUGCCAAGGUUUAUCGACGCAUCGAGGCGCGGGAUCCUGCUCCGUACACUGCGGUGAUGCGGAUCGGCCCAUCCAAUAAGACUGGCGUGAAAAUUGCCGUGUACAAGUAA